CUAGGAUUCUGCCUUUGAUGGAUAUGAGGGCAUGGUGAAAACGUUGCUUUACUGCUGCAAAAGGCAAUUAUUUAGGCUCUUUUCUGCACCGGAACAGUGAUACUAAGUAAAGAUUCAAAAUGUGGACCAAGAUGUUUGUACCUCUGAUUGGAGCUGUGUGCAUAUUUCAGGUGAUUUCAAAUGCGCAAAGCACCACUAGCAGCACAGAACUAUUCCGCACGUUUGACAGCAACGUCAAUUCCACAAACAUCUGUGAAUGUGAACAGCAUACAGCGGAGGAAACCAACAAAACGCAAGGGAGUAAACCACUAUAUGUUAAUUUUAACAGCAGCAUCAAUUCCAUAACCUAUACAUGUGAACAGGCUAAAGAUUAUAUUUGUGUGGUCGAAGGCCAGAAGGUGGAGAUACCCUGUGAUGAUAACAUGGAGGGACAAAAAACAGCAGUUUGUAUGGCAAAUGGUGAAUAUGGAAAUGAAGAAGACAACUGUGUCCUUACAGUUGUUCUUGACCUCCUCAAUAAAUCUAUGGAACUAAAUAUCUCAACAAUGCCAAAUUUCUUGGAGGAACUCAGAAAUGUGACCGUUGGCACGACUGAAAAAGUUACUAAAACACCAGCAUCUAUAAGUUCCAUUGUUACAAUCCUUAACAAUGUAGCUGAUACAUCCUCAGAGUUGUCUUUGCCAAUUAAUCAAAAAUCAACAGAGCACAUUCUAGUAACUGCUGGUCUUCUCACCUCUGAUGAAGCAAAGAAUUCUUGGGAUAUCCUAAAUGACAAACCAAACUCAGGGACAGAGAACAACAGCAAAAAAGAAAGCCCUAGCUCCUCCUUCUUAAAACUAUUUGAGACAGUAUCCUCCCUUCUUGUCAAUGAAUCUGUAACAAUCGAGACUCCUUUUAUUCUGUUAAAGAAAACGGAGUUGACAGACCCUUUCUAUGAUCGCCUUAAUUCAUCAGUGACAAUAAGCAUACCAGAGACUGAUAAAAAAGAUAAUUUUAUCACCACAAUCUUAUUUGCUUCCAUGGAUAAUGUGCUUCCACCAAGGGAUAAAGAAAACUCUGGUUUCAUGGUUAUCAAUGGAAAGGUUUUGCUUGUUGAGACAAGAGCCAAAAUUAAAAAUAUAUCAAUAAUCUCAGAAAUUCUAAAUGAUACUUUAAAAGAUCCACAAUGUGUUUUCUGGGAUUUCGACCUCUUUGAUGGUCUUGGAGGAUGGAGCAACCAGGGUUGUUCUGUGCAAUCCCAAAACAACGAAACCAUUAGCUGCAUCUGCAACCACCUCACCUGCUUCUCCAUCCUCAUGUCCUCUGAUAGUUUUAAAGACUCUGAAUUGGAGGACAUAACAUUCAUUGGGGUUGGCAUAUCCAUAGGUUCUUUGGUUAUAUGUCUUAUUACUGAAGCUCUGAUAUGGAAAAAAAUAAGUACCAACACAACCGCAUUUCUACGCCAUGUUUUUAUCGUUAACAUUGCAGUUUCUCUCCUGAUAGCAAACAUUUGGUUCAUUGUAGGAGGAUCUUUAUCAGGUGCAGAGAAGAAAAACCCUCCUUCAUGUGCAGCAGCUACCUUCUUUAUCCAUUUUUUCUACCUUUCCAUGUUCUUCUGGAUGUUAGCCACAGGUCUACUGUUGCUCUACCGUACUGUCCUGGUCUUUGAGGGGGGGUUUUCAAAAACGUCUAUGCUUGUUAGUGGGUUUGUCUUGGGAUAUGGUGCACCCUUAAUCAUUGCAGUGACAACCAUGGCUGUGACUUUGCCCUUAUAUAACUACAUAAGAGCAAAUCAUGCCUGUUGGCUCAACUGGGAUGACUCCAAAGCCCUGCUGGCAUUUCUGGUUCCUGCACUUGUCAUCGUUUUCAUAAAUUUUAUAAUCUUGCUUGUAGUGAUAUUCAAAAUGUUAAACAGAAGAGUGAAGAGGAAUACAGCACAAGCACAGGAGCAGCAUGUUCUGGUGGUGAUUGCCAGGAGUUUGGCUGUGCUCACACCAUUUUUUGGACUGACCUGGAUUUUGGGAAUCGGAACCAUAAUUGCUCCAACAAACAAGGGGAUUCAUUUUGCUUUUUCAUUACUCAACUCACUACAGGGUUGCUUCAUUUGGGUGUUUGGAACACUGUUGGACAAGAGGGUACGGUCAGAAGCCAUAAAAUCCCUGACCACCCAAGAAAAAACCUCAAUUGGUUAAAGACACACCUGUGCCUGAGGAGUUCCUAUGGAGAGGAGGACAAUCCACCCAAUAAAACCUAUCCCUUAUUCCCUUUU